AUGUGUCUCUUUGCACAAUAUCAAAUAAAAUUUUCUCUUGAUACUAAAUCUUCGUCAUCAUUUAAUAUUGCUUCUUUAUUUCGUCAACCAACUAUUGCUGAACAUACUCAAAUUCUUCAACAAUGGCUUGAUCAUACUUCUUCUCAAACUCAUCAGCCAACUCAAUUAUGGUCAACUCUAAAUAUUUCUCAAGCUGAAGCAUCCUAUGGUCAACAAUGUAUUUUUGCUGAUCAGACUAUUCGUUUUUCAAAUGAAACAUCUAUUUAUAAUGUUCCUUUAGUUUAUCGUAUUAUAUCUAAUUCGAAUAGUCAACAGAUUACAAUUGAUCGAUUACGUCAAGCUAUUGAUGGAAUUAUUGCUAAACAUGCCAUACUUCGAACAUCAUUAGAUUGGAAUAUAGAUACGAAUGUUUUAGUUCAAUCUAUUCAACAAUUUAAUUAUAGAAAUCAAUAUGAAUUUGUCAUUAGUUAUGCUGAGAAUGAUGAAGAAAUAACAAAAAUAAUUAAUAAAGAAAUUACAAGUUCAAAAUUAUUUGAUCUUAAUCGAGGCAUUAUAUUACGAUGUCACAUAAUUAAAUAUAAUUCAACGAGAAAAGAUGAAGAAAUAUGUUUAGAAAACAAUGAUAUUAUUAUUUUUAAGCUCCAUCACAUUGCAUUUGAUGGUGCUUCUCGACGAAUAUUUUUUAGUGAUCUUAAAUAUAAUUUAGAAAAUGAUAGUACAUUAUUAAAUAAUGAAAAUCAAUUUCAAUAUAUUGAUUAUUCAGUUUAUGAAAAACAAAUGGAUAUAAUAUCAUCUUGUCAUUUCUGGCAAUCACAUCUUUAUGGAUUGAAUUUAGAACGUCGUAUUAUGUUACCUUUUGAUCGACAUCGUUUAUUAACUGAUCAACAUUCAGGUUUUGCUCAUCUUAUUGAUAUUCCAUUUGAUAAUGAUUUAAUACAUUCAUUUCUUGAUUAUGCUUCUUCACAAGAUAUUACACCAUUUCAAUUAGGUCUUACCAUAUUUUAUACAUUUUUAUAUAAAUUAAGUCAGAAUCAAAAUGAUCUAUGCAUUUCAUGUAUUCAUGCUAAUCGAUAUAGAACAGAAUUACAAAAUCUAAUUGGCAUGUUUGUUGCAACAUUACCACAUCGAAUUUAG